CUCACAGUUAACGGCUCUAAGGAUUUUUAAUAAAAACAUUUUUUUUCUGUUUCUGCUAUGAAACACACUCACGUCGUGUUUCUAAAUCGAGCAAAUGUUUUCCUCCAAGUCGUCGACAUAAACUAACGUUAUUUCAACCUGUUUGUAUCAGCGGGUUCCCAUGGAGACCGAGGAUUAACUAACCUAACCUGGCUAACGCUAGCAAAGCCUUUCCAGCUCUUUGGUCCACAGAUGGAGGAGCAGAGGGAGACAGGAGGAGGAGCAGAAUCCCAGGGGAACAGAGGAGGUAUCAGGUAUAUUACAGAGGCAUUGUUGUUAAAGCAGACUGGCUGUCAGUCUCUGGCAAUGGUUCGUUCCCUAAAUCUGUCAUCAAAUGGAGACAAACGCAUCAAGUUCAUAGAGAACCUACAUGGCUGUCAGCGUCUGCAGGUUUUAAACUUGAACCACAACUUGAUCCAAAGCAUGGAGAGACUGAAUGCUCUGACACAGCUGAGAGAGCUGCAGCUGGCCCACAACAACAUCCAGCGGAUUGAAGGACUGGAGCUCAUGUCCAGUCUGCAGCAUCUGAACUUGUCCCACAACAGGAUCAACCACAUUCCUGUGUGGCUGCCGAAGAAACUGCACUCGCUACACACACUCCACCUGCAACACAACCUCAUCACAUCUCUGUACGAAGUAUCCAGACUGCGAUCUCUGAGCAGCCUAUCAGAGCUGUCGGUAUCAGGAAACCCCGCCUCCUCGCUGCCACACUCCCGCUUCUUUCUGCUCUACCACGUCAGGACUCUGGACAGGCUGGAUGACCUGCCAAUCACCCAGGAUGAGAGAAGAGACGCCCACCAACGCUUUAGCGCCGAGGAGCUGGAGCGUCUGCAGCAGGAGGUGGACAGCAGCCAAUCAGAGCUGAGCAGGCUGCAGAGGGAGCAGCUGGCUGCAGUGACUCGAAUCAAGCAGCAGGAGGAGACAAACCAAACACUGACUGCUCACACAGAAACACAACGUCACACACACACACUGCGGGAGCAGGAGCUACAUACCAAGAGUCAGCUGUUGGAAAAGACAACAGCUGAGCUGACCAGAGCCUUACACAGACUGUAUGAGCUGGAGCAGGAGUUGACUUUCUACAAGAUAGAUGCUAAACUUAACCCUUUGCCCCCCUGCAGCGUACAGGAUGUAGUCAUUGUGGACUCUGUGGCUGAGAGUCCAUACAUCGGCAAGGCUCGACACAUCAGGAACACCAUCACCUCCGCUCCCCAAAACUCCUCCUCAUCCCCCUCCCUGCAGACACAGGAGGGUUCAGACCUUCACACUGACAUGGGAACGUCACACCCCUUUCUGGAAGACUGCAAAACAGAGCAGAGUAAAGCUGAAGUUGACCUGCAGUUGACCCAUCAGACAGAGCUGCAGACAGUAGCUGAACACAGAGUGCCCGAGGAAACCAAAUCACGACAGCAGGAGGUGCUGUGUUGUCUCUUCAGUAAACUGUCUGUCCUGGAACAGCUGAGAGACGAAGCUGACGAGACAAAAAGACAGAUGGACAGACAGACAGACGAGAGCAGGAAGAAAGAGAGAGAGACAGAAGAGCUGGAGACACAACUACUGACACUGGACACCACAGACCCUCAACAUGCCCAUGUGACCGCCCGGCUGUCCAGUUGGAGACAGCUGUUGGACAGGAUGAACGGGAAACAGAGCGAGCUAGAGGGUCGCCUCGACGACAUGCUGUCACGCAUUGCCAUGGAGACUCAGGAGAUCAAAGAGCUGGAGCAACAGCUCACAGACGGUCAGAUUUUGGCUAAUGAAGUUCUUCAGAGGGAUUUGGAGGGAAUCAUCUCUGGACUUCAGGAGUAUCUGAGAGGACUCAGAAAGCAGGCUCAUCGUGCUCAGCAGCAGGUUGACAGUCUUCAGGCUGAAAACCAGAGUCUACAGCUCCACCUGGAGGACACUCAGGCACACUGCAGACAGCUGGAGGACACUGCCAGGGCACACAGACAGGACAUGUCCGUCCAGCAGGAGAAGCUGUCUGUGUUGCGGACAGAGGCCCAGGCUCUGAGGGACAGACAGGUGGACCUGGAGGCGGAGCUCAAGCAGCUGAGGGAAGAGCUAACCCAACAGAUCACAAUGGGACAGUUGGAGUGUGAUUCUCUGCAGGCUGCUGUAGACAAAGAGAAACAUACCAGAAAGAUCAGAGAGUCUCAGCUACAGUCAACCAUCGAGACACUGCAUGAUGAGAAAGUAUCUUUACAGCAAGUAGUCCAGAGACUUCAGGUCCAACGGGACCAGACCAAAGCCCAAUUACACCAGGCGAGAAGCCAGUAUGAAGACACCAGGACCCAACUAGACCAGACAAGAAUUCAGCUAGAUCAGAUUACAACUGCCAUUUUGGAUCCUCAGGAGGUUCAGAGUGGACCAGAGGACAAGUACAGCAAUCCUGUCAGUCCUGAGGACAUGUUGUCCAGGAGUGUGGAGCAGCUCUAUAGGGCCAUCCAGCAGACCAGAACCAGCACAGAACAGCUCCAACAAGACCAGAACCACAGCCAGAAACAGAUAGCCAGACUGCAGGCCCAGCUAGCCCAGGAUCAGGACCAUGUAACUCAGCUGAAAGCCCAGGUAACCCGGGAUCAAGACCACAUAGCCCAGCUGGAAGCUCAGGUGACCCAGGAUCAAGACCACAUAACCCAGCUGGAAGCCCAGGUGGCCCAGGAUCAUAACCACAUAACCCAGCUGGAAGCUCAGGUGACCCAGGAUCAGGACCACAUAACCCAGCUGGAAGCCCAGGUGACCCAGGAUCAGGACCACAUAACCCAGCUGGAAGCCCAGGUGGCCCAGGAUCAUGACCACAUAACCCAGCUGCAAUCCCAGGUGGCCCAGGAUCAGGACCAGGCAGCCCAGCUGGAAUCCCAGGUGAUAGGUGGUGUGGAGCAGGACCAGGAGCCAGACUGGAGGCUACAGGAGGAGCUGGAGAGACUGAGAGUCAGACUGCAUAGGUCUCAGAGCAGAAACAGACACGUUCAACACAAACUGGAGGGGGAACUGAAGCAGAGCGCUCUGCAGCUGCAGGACGUCCAGCAGGAGAGAGAUGCGCUGCUACAACAGCUGCGCUCACAGAGCGAUGGUCAUCAGAGAAGCCUUGGACGUCUGAACAGAAAGCUACGGCAGCUCAGCAGGUCCAUGUGUGACUCGGAUCAGCUGACAGUGGAACAGCUGAAGUCAGCCUCCGAACAGCUGAGAGCUCUGAACCACAUGGUGGAGAACUCUGUGGAGGAGCUCGACGGCAGCUUUCACCAACCUGAAGGAAGCUCAGAGAGACAGAGUAAACACACACCGGCGCAGCAGUCUGAACACACUCACACGGUGGAGGAGCUGAGGGCGAAGCUGGAUAAAGCUCAGAGACAUACACAUAGACUGAGACAGAAGCUGGACCGGACCAGAACCAGAACCAGUACCAGAGAUGGAGGACAGUGGUACUUCGUACCUCCUGGACAAAGUUCUCUCAGUCUGGGCUCUCUGGGGACUCAGGACUCUGGUUUGGGACUGCAGUACCUCAGUUCUCCUGAAAGGGGGCGACAGCAGGACAGACCUCCGACAGGAGGAGGGUACUGGGUCUACAUUCCCCUAACACACACCGACUCUGACACAGCAGCAGCCGAGUGGAGGGACAGCGGAGGAGGCAGUGAUGCUGACAGAAGCUCCAGAGAACAAACUCCUCCUCCCCCUACUGCCCCAGGUGCAGCUGUCUCUGCUGGGCUGUCUGACGGCCAGACUCCCCUGGUUGGGCCUGCCUGGCUCCUCUGUGGUUCACCUGCAGCUGUUGUCUACAGUCCUCCAGGAGGUGGUGCUUCGCUGCACUGUAACAUCCCAGAACACAGAGACACGCAGGGAGACAGGUGUGUUUGUGAGUGUGUGCACAAAGAAGCAGAGCGACUGGAGGAAGAGAGGAAGAAACUACGUUUGGAAACCAAACAACUACGACUAACACUAAAACAACACAGCAGUGUGAUGCAGGUGUGUGAUGAGGUGGAGUGUGUGGAGAAAACUCUGCUGAAGAGACGAGCUGAACUCCGGCAGGCUGACAGACUGCUGCUGGAGGCUCAAAGCUCCAUACACACCGCCAGAGACAAGGCCAGCUCAGCUCAGCGGAAGGCCGACGUGUUACAGCGCUCAGCUCAGGAGAGUGCCAUCUGUCUGCUGGAGGCCACGCAGCAUGUCAGAGCGCUACAGGAGGAUGAGGUGGAGGAGCUGAGGAGGAGACAGGAGAAGGAGCGGAUGCUGAGGGAGGUGGAAGAGGCAUUGAGGAGCAGAGAGCAGGAGUUCCAACGACUCUGCACAAAAAUACACUCGGCUUCAGACAGAUUAUCUGACGUGCUGUCUGAUCUUCAGAAAUCUCAGGAGCGUCUAAACUCAUUCAACAUUCAGGUAGAACAGCAGGAGCAGAGGCUGGUUCAGAGAAGCGAGGAGCAUCAAACAGCUGUGAACAGAGUGGAGGAGGUCAGAGAGGAGGAGCAACGACUGCAGAACAGAGUCAAGGAGCUGUUUCAGCAGCAUGAGGCGCUGUUAAGUAAAAAGAGCUCCACAGUUUCUGCUAUGAGAGAGGACGAGCUGAAGCUGAUCACAGUGCAGUCUGAACUCAAUACACACAGAGCAGAGCUAAAACAGGUUCUUCAGGAGUUACUUGUAGAGCAGCAGGAUCUGGAGGUAGUGAAAACCAAACGCAUUCAGACUCUCCAGCGGCUCCACAAAAAGCAGGACCAGCUGGACAGAAUACAGGUCGAGGUGGACAGGGCGAAGGAUGAACUGGACAGAAUACAGGUCGAGGCGGACAAGAAAAGAGAUGAGUUGGAUGGGACACAGGAUGAAGUUGACAAGAGGAAGGACGAGCUGGAAAACAAGAAGGAGGAGGUGAACAGAAAGAUUGAAGAAUUGGACAGGAAAAGGGAAGAGAUGGCUGAACUGCAACAGAAAGUUGAGUCCCACAAAAAGGAGACAGAGAUCUGUCUGAAGGAGACAAAACAACAGCAAACAGAACUGCAGGAGCUGCAAGAGGAGCUGAGCAGGAGGAGGGAGGAGAGGCGCAGUCUGCAGGAGCAGUGUAAACAUCUGGAGGCCAGACGGAGGCACGCUGACAGGAGUCUGUCAGCAGUGGAGGUGGAGCUUACUAAACAGAGGGAGGAGCACAGCCACGCCCAGCUUCUCAAACAGGAAGUGGUCAGAGAUACAGCAGCCAAUCAGGAGGAGUUUAAAAAGCACUCAGAGCUGUUGUCUCUGCUCAGUGAACAGGUGGAAGAGAGGAAGAAACACCUGCAGACUCUGGAACAGGAGAUGAAUGUGUGCAGUCAGCAGCAGCAGCAGAGAGCAGAACACCUGAAAGAGCUGGCCAGGCAGAUAGAAGACAAACAGGCAGUUUGUGUUGGACUGGAGGAUUUUAAAGCUGCAGCGUCACAGUUGGAGGACAGGGGGCACCGUCUGACCCAACAGCAGCUGCAGCUCAACCAGAUCAAGGAGGAGCUGUGGCAGAGAGAGAAACAGCUGAUUUACAAGGAGGAGGAGCUAAAACAGCAGGAGGAGGAGCUACAGCUGAAAGAAGAGGGGCUACAAAAGAAACGUGAGGAGCUUCCAGUGAAAGAGGUUUUUAAGGACAGCAGUGAGGAGUCAGAGGAGGACGAGGACAAGUCUUUCUACCUGUCUACAGCUGGUCUGAGAUCAGCCUUCAGUUCUGAGGAGGAGAGGUGGAAGGUUGAACUGCAGAGAGAGAAACUGAAACAACAAGAGGACCAACUAAAGGCUCGUCUGCGCUGCCGUUUGUGGAACCAGCAGGAGAAUAUGAAGGUGAGACGACUGGAGGCUGAGGAGAGUUUACUGGGACUGAAACACCGACUGAACCAGUUGGACUCACUGCUAACACACACUCCAUAACACACACACGUGAAAUUAACGGAUGCCAAACAGGGUUUGUUUUAUCAGGAUGGACAUGUCUGUCUGCACUGAGGUGAAACCUUAUGCAUUUAUUUGUCAAAACAGUUAAUUUAGUAAUUUAGCAGCUGUUGGAGUGUUCUAUUGUAUCGGGUGGAGUUGCCCAGUUUUCUUCAAUGUUCAAAUGUUCCAUUUUACUGAGAACUUUAAGAAAAAGACGUACGUUUAGUCGACUGAACAUUAACUCCUCGUCACUGAAGACUUUUCUCUGCUGAAACCAGUGGCAUAAAGUAGUUACGAUGGGCCCUAGUGCACACUAGUUACUAGUUAUGAAACACACAAACAAACACACACACUCACACCAUUAGGCUUGCUGAUGUGUGAUGUGUGUCUUGACAUAUUUUGCGCAUAAACUAGCUAUCGUAUAUUGUAUUGUCUCAUCACAUGAUCAAAUAGAGACUUGCCAUUGGACGAUAUCAAUAUACAUAUUACCCAGCAAUUAUCACUGCUUAUCUGUGUAUGACAAACAUACCAAAGAAAAGCAGAAUUGAUACAUUUCAGGGGUGCAAAAUUGUCACCUUUUAGUGAAAAUCGCAGUUUUGAAUCCAAAAAUUGACGUUUUUGUCGUUCUUGUUGAUCCAAUUAGUUUAUUUAUGUAUUUAAGUGCCCUGAACUGAUGUUGCCCUUACAUUUGUAGUAGUAAUUACAUAAUUUUAGGGCGAGUUCUUCCCUACCCCCAAUUUCCACCAACUGCGGAACGGCUGCGGAUCCGCUCUGGAACGGCGGCGCAGUCAGUAGGUUUCCAUUAAAGUCAGUGUGUGUAUUUUCACUGACUGCAGAACGGCUGCGUUCCGACUCCGUCCCAGCUCCGGCGAUCCGCAGCCCUCCGGAGCAGAUACGCAGAGCUUCUAUUUUUCCCGGAUGCCCUGAGAGCUCCGCAUCAAUUUAGCACAGGGCAGAUUGUGCGGGACAGGAAGUUGAGCACAGAAACAAAAUAAAAACAUCCGGUUAAUUUUCUAAAUAAAAUACACUGUGCUCACGGCGGAUCAUAUUUCCCUGCACUAUACCUUGAAAACGUCAUAAUGGGCGGAGACAGGCCUGAAGUCAAGUUUGUGGGUCUGUUUAUAGAAACUACAUCCUGUUAUAUCGCGCAGUCAUACGUGAAGUCGCGAGAUCUCGAGGGUCCUCGUGACUUCAGCUGUCAGUCAGGGCUGCAACAAAUCCGCCCCUGGUGGCUAUUGAAGGACGGCGGAGCACGGAGCCAACACGCAGCGGAGUCGUUCCGCAGUUGGUGGAAAUUGCGGGCUAUAUCGUUAUGCUAAAAUUGACUGUAAAUCAAACAAAUUUCCCGGGGCAUCUGUCAACUUUUUAACCCCUGAUGAGUUUGCAACCCUGUAUUUAAUUGUAAAGUUUUUUUUAAUAGUUUAUAGUUUUUUGUAAUUUAUGUAGAAUAUAUAUAAUUUAAUUUUUAUUAAAUUGCUAAUGACUAUUUUACAAAGAAAAAUGCAAAUUAUGACGGAGACCGUUAAUAAUUCCCUCGAAGCACUGGCAGACACAAGUGGUUUUCUUACUACAGGUUUAUUUGAAGCUUCUUCUCCAAAUCCACCGUGUAAACUAAACACACAGUAUAACGAGAAAAUAAAGACCACAUUAGCUUAAUAUGAACAUACACUGACAUGCAUAGCAUGUAUUAUAACGUUCACCAAAGUAAAAUACAGACACAAAACAACAUACCUCGUUGGCUGCAUGCUAAACACGAGGGAAUAGAGGUUUCCUUAGAUCGCUGACAUCCGCUAUAACUACCUUAAAACUUUUAUCGGAGCAAUGAAUUCUCCGUGCUUCGCUUGCCGUUAGCUUGCCGACUCUCUCACUCACGAACGUCCCAAGAGGCCUUGCGCAGAGACUUCAAAAUAAAAACACUUUACUCUUACCAAAUAAAAUCACGAAAUAAUACUAAAUGCAAUUUAUAUAAUUCUAAAUUAUGACAUUGGUUGAAAACAAAUUAUACAUUAUUAUAAGGUAAUUGCGACAAUUACACAGGUUUUUUUAUUGAAAAACAGUUAUUUAAACAGUCGUAUUUCCGAGUUGGCAAUCUCAACCACUCACAAGUCACUGUCACCCUGCCCAACACAUUGUUGGAGGGCCCCCUCUGUCUAUGGGCCCAGGGGCCCCAGUGCAACCGCACUGUCUGUUUUUGCCACUGAUAGGCUCAUAUAUUGACGACAAAAGCAGAUUUAGUUGUGUAAACUGACAAUAUUACACCAUAAACUCAUAUCUGGAUUUAAUUUGACAACACUUUAUUACUUAGUCAGAUAUAUCAGAACAAACAAUGUUGGAUGUUGAAGUUUUUUAUUAUUUUAUUAUAAAUCAGGAACUGGUCAUUAAAAUAACUCCUGAAUGACAUGAAUGCAGCAUUGACAUUACUGUGAGUAGGGGACAGAAACAUAACUUGAUAUUUCUGUGUCUGUCAAAGCAACAUCUGUGAGAAAACAACACUGAGCUGAAAAAUGUGCCUUCAUGAAAACAUGUAAAAAAGAUUUUGUUAUAUUUGACAUCUGCUGUGUAAAUGAAGAUGAUAUUUAUCUUUGUAAUAAACACUUUGUGUUGAA